ACUUUGAUUCAUUGUCAAUACGGUUUGUUACUUUGUCAAGUGAACAGAAAUCAUCUCUAUUGCUGUGGUCAAGUCAGAAAAGUGCUCUCGGUCAUUCGAACAUUUUAAAAAUCGUGUGAUUGUUUCUUUUUUUUCGCUUUCUGGUAUUUAUUUUCCGAAAUUGAAUGUUUAAAUUAUUGAUAUCGACAAUCAUGGGAAAUAUUCGAAGAAAUAUUUCACUUACUUUAACAAUAGUUUUACUAACUGAUUAUGUGUUGAGUGCAAGUGUUGUUGAUAAAAUAGAAAAGCGAACGGAUCAGGAUUCUUAUAUUGAUGCAUUGCAUAAAACGCAUGCCGAAGAUUCGCUGCAUUCGCGCGGUGAUUACAAAGAUAACAGCAUCUCAUCGCAUCCUGGAUAUUCUUAUGGGCCACCAUCAACGGAAUAUGGACCACCUUCGAGUGAAUAUGGGCCACCAGUACCGUCACCAUCUUAUGGACCUGUGUCGACUGAAUAUGGACCCCCUGUGCCGUCACCAUCGUACGGACCUCCGUCAUUUAGCUACCAAUAUGGUCCACCGUCAUAUCAAGGCUCGAGACCGAUAAAUGUAUACAAUUAUGGGCCAGCACCACCAAAAUUCCCCGUCGUUCAUAGUUCUCCACGUGACGAACACUGGCUAUUCGAUAAAUUCAAAUUCAAAUUAGAUCUGUUCACCAUCGGCAAAAUCCUCAUCAAAUUGAUCAUUUUCAAGAAGAUUGUUAAAUUCAUUGCGUUGAUUUGUUUGCUAUUGUUUUUGCCACGAUUGCAAACCAAACAUAUGAACGUGGUGGAUAUGUUAUCUGGUGGCGGCGACGAAAGCGAGGAGGAACCCGAUGAAAAGCGAUCAUUCGAUUUCCGCCAAUCACGACAAAAGCAAAUAAAUGAAGUGUCACGAUUUGCCAUGACGGCCAUUCAAUCGUUUACUGACAAGCAUCUGGUGAAAUGUGGAAAUUUGAGCGAUAUUCCAUGCCGAUUUCAAUCAAUGGUCGAUAUUAUCGAUGAUAAAUAUCCAUAUGAAAGAAUAAUCGAAAUGGUAUUGCCAAUCAGUGAAUAUUAUUUAUAUCCACCACAAAAACCAAAAACAAAAAUUCAUAAAAAAGAAUUGGAUGCAUCAUUGCUGAACGAUGUUAAUCAAGAUCAAUAUCAAAACGAACAAAGUAUUAAUGAAAGUUCAACGCCAGAACCAACGAUAGCCACAACACCGGAAUAUGAUGAACUAUCCUUUAUGUCAUCGUCGUCGUCGUCAUCUCCAUCUAUCGAUCACAGUGUCGCAUUGUGUUUGUAUGGCAUUUUAUUAAUGUUUAUCAAGUGCAAUAGCAUGUAAAGCAUAGGUUGCCCGAUAUAACAAACAAUUAAUUAUCACAACCAUCUCCAGCUUCUUUCCACCUAUCCUCGAUUUUUCUAUAAAAACACAAAAAAAAUUAUUGUUCGUACUAUGUCUUGCUCGUCAUCAACUAACAUAGAUCCAAACUAAAACCGAUUUACCAUUACUGACUCUAAUUUAUGUAAGUUUUCAAGCAUUUAUUAUUUUUCAAAUCAGUUUACUGUUAACAAUAUGCGUUUGUGUGUAAAUAUCAUACUCUCUCGGACAAUGUGUAUAUUUUCGGGUUGAUUUUCUUUUCGAAAUUCUUGUUUUGUUUCAAUUACUUUGUUUGUUUCUCAUUCUGGUAUUGGCUUUCUUUUCUUUCAUUCGUUGUCUAUCCGUUUUCACCUUCCGAGAUUUUAUUGUGUGCGCUACUCCUCCAAUUCAUUUAUUUAUUCAAUCAUCGCUAAUACAAUACAUUUUUUAAAGUAAUAAUCUAAUUUAUAUUCUAGAAGUGUAAAAUAAAUUAUUUUUUGUUUUA